GAUCUGUUUUAUUUAGACACUUAAUAUUCAUAAACAUUUGUACUUUUGUUUCGUACGAGGAUCUGGGAAUUUGAAGCACAAAUCCAAAUCACGUAAAUUAAUAUCAUUUCAAGAACAAGUUGGAAUUGUUAACUAUUUUGACAUGUUUUCGAGAUGUCUUGUUAUAUACCAAAGCAAGUUGCCGUAUUCCAGUCGAAAAUUACAUCACCAAAAUAAGUCUAAGGCUCAAAUGGCUCAAAUCAAAAGCAACAUGAUGCAGCAGCGUAGAGAGCCAAAUCCAGAAUAUCAUCACGCACCUAGCAGUUUUGUGCAGAAUUUUAUAAAUCACCAUCAGCAAGGCAAAUCCAAGGAUGCCCAGCUGCACCAUUGGAAUGCGCGCUAUCGGUGGGCAGACUUUCGCAGACGCAUGAUCUACGGUACACAUGAUAUAUAAAGGAUAUUGCAUGAAAUUAACCAGAAUAUGGAGUAUGAUGCCUUCACAAACUAUGUGAAGCUUAAGAAUAUUUCGAAAAAGGCAGUCUUUUUGAAGAAGUAUCAAGAACAUUUUGGAUUUUUCCCCUUAUGCCCCAGUAUGCAAAAAUUUUGUUGUAUUACCAUCAUUAACAAUCAGAGAACAAAAAUCAAGACUUAGCAAGCAUAAAUACAUUUGAUAAAAACGUAAUCAAUUGAUUACAAAAAAAAAAUAAAUUAUUCUUAUUCUCCAUAUGCUUAUACUAUAUUCUGUAGAAUCGAUUGUUCAAUGCGUUUUAUAAAGCAGAGAUAUAAAUGGAAGACUUACAUUUAAUUGGGAAAUCAAAAGACUUGCCUUUCGUUUGCUAAAUCUAUCAAGAGUAGAUAAACGAGUAUCUUAGAGUGCAAAUUCUAACCGAAGCUAAUUCCUUAAUCAUAUUAUAUUAUUUUAUGAAUGAACUUGACUUUUCAACCGAGACAGAAAUUAUAGUACUUCAACAGUAACUUUUUGAGUGCGCUGAAAUAUUAUUUUCAGUAUAUAAGCAUAGUAUGUCAUGCGAAAUACAUAAAAUGAAAAACAUUAAAACUUGUAUUUUAACGAACUAAAAUACAUUUGGCUUAAAGAAACAAAAUUCCAAAUUCAAAUUAACGUUGUAUAUUUUUUUGAGAAUGUCGUUCCUUGUGGGCCGCAACCACCCCCAUAUGGUGUACAAUGCAGCAAAAUCAAUUGUGGGGCAUCGUAUGUUCGGCAGGUUCCCCAUGCAUCAUGAGAAUUCCACGAUUUAUCAAACGGAUUCGGUACGCAGAGCACACGACUAUACCAUGGACUAUAUCAAGAAGAAAAGCCACAACAAUACAAAGCCUGAUCGCAAUACUUCCGACGCUCACAGAAAAAACCUACACCCAUUUCUCAGGCAUUCGCUGAAUGAUGAAUUUAGAUCGCAUAAUGCAAAAUAUCGUUGGUCAGAAUUUAGAAGGAAGAUGAUCUAUGGCAACUUCGCGAUGUAGCCUCAAAAUAGCAUCUCGCAAUAUCUCUAAGUUGAAUAACUGCAUAUUCCGAACGGAUGUGGUUUUGUCCAAUGCGCAUUUUGAUAUUAUCGAAAUGAGUCUUGGGCAAAAUCACAUACAAUCCAAUUCAAAUAAAGCAAAGAUCAGGGGAACCCAUGUUCUGAGUGCACUGUUUCAUAUGGAAGGUCAUACUCAACGUUUAAAAAGGUUUUCCAAAUUAAUUUGGUCAAUGUGUUUAUAUUGACUAGAUCGUUAUUUAUUUUUUUAUGAAAAAUAUUAUUAAACAAUUUGUCAAUAAAAAUACAUACAUAUCCUCGGACCAUAUAAAGUCAUAAGCCAUGCAGUAAAUCACGGCAGCCUGGAGCCUGGGUAAAAAUUGCUAUGUCAAGUAUAAAGACCGUUUACUGAAGCUGACCAGACGCGGAUAGUGUUGUAGGAUUAGCCGGUGAACAGGCCCAAUUCAUGGGUGGACCAAGCUAGGGAGAGUCACUGUGGCUAAUCGGCUUUCGACGUUUGCGAGACGGCCUCAGGACGGUCUUCUGCUCGACGGUCUUCUUGCAUGCUAGAUCCCAGAUCUUGAUGAAUGGGCCAAGCAAAUCAAGUGACGGUUGGGCGACAAACACAGGACAUUGUUGCUCCAGGAUAUACAGGUUCUUGCCGUCAUUCAGACUCCACAAUAAAUCCAUGGAGUCCUUGCGGCCAGAUGUUUGUAUCCUAUCAUCGGGCGAGACGGUCACAGUUUUCAGAAAGCCAGUGGCCAUGGUGAUUAUUCUCCAACUUGCAGUUAGCCAAUUUUCAGACAUUGGCGGUGGGAUACCAGCCGACUCGAGUGUUUGGGUGAGAUACGCGAGCACAACACCCAAUCAGUGUGCUCAUCCUCCUGUACGGGGAAACUGCACUCAGUCAACGAAUUCCAUAAUUUAAAACUCUUGUCCCAAGCACAGAGAAAGAGUUGGCAGUUAGACCGUUUUUCGAAAAAGCCCAAUUUCGUACAAUAAAAAUCCCAAUUGAAACACAUACAA